UGGCUGUGCUUUGGCGCUUGGCGCUCCGGUGUUCCCGAGUGGUUUCCCCCUUGUCCUGUUCUCUGCGCCCGAACUCAGAGUCAUCGCUGCCCCUUCUCCAGGCCCUCUCCAGCCCAUGCCUAGGCCAGUCCCGGCGCGGCCCCUACCCUCUGACCCUGCGUUGCCUAAUGCCCGAGCAAAGUCCCCAAGGGUGUAAAACCCGGCCUUCCUGCCCCUGGGCGGGGACGGGCGGCCACGGUUCAGGGAGCUGAGGCGGCGAGGGCGCAGCCGGCACAGUCUACCGGCCAGGGCCCCGCGAGUCCCCUGGGAGCAGGCCCCCCGCACCGCUCAGCCCCACCGCCAGGCCCGCCCGCCGCCGCCGCCGCCGCAGCCAUGGCGGAAGUUCAUAGACGUCAGCAUGCCCGGGUUAAAGGAGAAGCCCCCGCGAAAUCCUCCACACACAGACAUGAGGAGGAGCUGGGGAUGGCGUCGGCCGAAACGCUGACGGUGUUCCUGAAGCUGCUGGCCGCCGGCUUUUACGGCGUGAGCUCCUUCCUGAUCGUGGUGGUCAACAAGAGCGUGCUCACCAAUUACAGAUUUCCCUCCUCACUAUGUGUUGGACUUGGCCAGAUGGUGGCCACAGUGGCAGUUCUCUGGGUGGGAAAGGCGCUCAGAGUAGUCAAGUUUCCUGACUUUGACAGAAAUGUACCUCGAAAGACGUUUCCACUACCUCUACUAUAUUUUGGGAACCAAAUCACGGGACUGUUCAGCACAAAGAAACUGAACCUGCCAAUGUUUACAGUUCUGAGAAGGUUCUCCAUCCUGUUUACAAUGUUUGCUGAAGGAGUUUUACUCAAGAAGACUUUUUCUUGGGGUAUUAAGAUGACCGUAUUUGCAAUGAUUAUUGGAGCCUUUGUAGCUGCCAGCUCUGACUUGGCAUUUGAUCUCGAAGGAUAUGUUUUCAUUUUGAUAAAUGAUGUCCUGACAGCAGCAAAUGGUGCAUAUGUAAAACAGAAGUUAGAUUCAAAAGAGCUGGGAAAAUAUGGUCUGCUCUAUUACAAUGCACUGUUCAUGAUUCUCCCCACCCUGGCCAUUGCGUAUUUUACAGGAGAUGCGCAAAAGGCAAUGGAUUUUGAAGGCUGGGCUGACACCCUCUUUCUUCUGCAGUUCACCCUCUCUUGUGUGAUGGGGUUUAUCUUGAUGUACGCCACAGUACUCUGCACGCAGUAUAAUUCUGCUCUUACAACUACAAUAGUUGGCUGUAUUAAAAAUAUAUUAGUAACUUAUAUUGGAAUGGUCUUUGGUGGAGAUUAUAUUUUCACAUGGACAAACUUCAUUGGCUUAAAUAUCAGUAUUGCUGGGAGCCUGGUGUAUUCCUACAUCACUUUCUCUGAAGAGCAGUUGAGCAAACAGUCAGAGACCAGUAACAAGCUGGACAUUAAGGGGAAAGGAGCAGUAUGACCAGAGGAUUGCUUCAACGACGUAGGCCCAAGUUUUUGAUCAACUGAGAACACUGGCAAUUCUUACACAGACACUGAGGGGUGUCUUGAUUAUGGAGAAAAUAACCAUUCCUUUGCACUUGUACAAUCUGAGGAUUGAUUGCUGCCUUUUAAAAUUUUAUGAGAGAAACUUAUAAUUGACUCUAUUUUAAAUAUGCCGUUGGAAUUAAUUUAUAUCAAACUGGAAAAUGUACCGGGCUUUUUAAUUUAUUUCUUUUAUGCCGACAAUGAAACAUCGGUGUUUUGAAAAUAUUGUAUCCCAUAGUUUGAUAUCCAGGUGUCCCUUAGAAGCUGCAUAUAUACAGUGCUCCAACUGGAGCCUCCUCAUUCAAAUUGUUGCUGCAUAUAGAGGGAGGUUAGCCUUCCCUCUCCUGGAAAUGCAGCCAAGUAUCUAAAAUUUCUCCUUUUUAAAUUUUAUUUCUUAACAAUUGCAUUUUCUUCAUAAGGAUAUUAUCACUGCCUUUGCUAAAGACAGCUUUGGCACUAAAAAACUAUGUGGGCUUUGAAGUUGUAUUGGUCUCCAUGUUGGCUUCCCUGAGAACCCCUGGGAUGGGCACAGUGCAUCCCUUGAAAUUACGCUAUUCCUUCUUUGUUGUGUAGGAUGGCGAUAAUGAAGGGAUGGAGAAAGUAGGCCUCUUACUCAUUUAUUCAUCUGUAGGAUUCAUUCAUUCAGCUCAAAUGUACUGGGUAUGUAAUAUGUACCUGGCAUUAUGCUAAGUGCUGGGGGUGCAGAGAUGUUUUUGGAGGUAGUUGAAUGAUCUCACUCCUGCUGUUGUGACCGAGGGUUAAGAAAGAAAACUUAACUUGAUGAUCCAUUCAGAAGUUCUGAACAAGUCACAGAAAUUUUUUUCAGCUCUUAGAAACUGCAGGUCUGUAAAUGGGCUUGGAAGCACCUGCCCUUACCUACCCCACAGUGGUGAAACCAGAUGCUACAACAUGAGAUGACAUGCAUGUGAAGAGCUGCAUUUUAUUUAUUUAACAGGUUUUUUUUAAUUUUUUUUUAACUCUGUACCCGAUGUGGGGUUUGAACUCAUGACCCCAAGAUCAAGAGUCGUAUGGAGAGCUGCAUUUUGUAAACCAUGCAGCUCAGCCCUUCUUCUCUGAGGGAGAAUGGCAGGCCAGCAAGGUGGCCACCAUCUCUUUCCUGUGCUUCCCUCCUCUGGGUUUGGUUGCUAUUCUUUUUACUCCUCUUUGAAUUAACACAACUAGGCCUUACAUUCCUGAAUGUAUUGGUUUGAGGGGAAAGCCUGUUCAGAUGUUUCUGUAUUGUCAAGCCUUGGUCUUUGGGUGUCAGCAUUAGAGCUUAAAUGGCAUGAGCGUAGCCGUCUCCUCUGGAUACUCUCACCCACGUCUGGUGUCCCCUGGGCAUGUCAGCUUCUCUCACGACUUCCGUUACCUCCUGGGAGAGCAGCUGUGAAUGGGCAUUGCCUGAAUUGCCUCUCUGGGCAGGAGGGGCUUCCCUCACACACAGCGCUGUGAGCUGGCACAGAGACAUCCCUCGACUUUGGGUCUGAGUGUUUGCACAGGCUGGUUGUGCAGUCAGUGCAGAAGAGACUGGGUACUUUUGCACUGGUACACGCUAACUUCUCUUUCGCUGGGUUUGGAACCCACAGGGCUCUAUUGAUCCAAACAAUUAGUAUUUUGAUGGCUUAACAGGAGGCCUGGAAGGUUUUAAUUUCUUUUUAUUUUUAAAAAAUUAUAUUGAGGUUAUUUUCA